UGGCCGCAGCAGCAAAAGAUGAGUGGAACUCUGGGAAAGGUGCUGUGCCUGAGAAAUAGUACCAUUUUCAAGCAGAGCUCUUCCUUCUUAAGGGUCACACCUUCAGAAGAGAAUCCCAUCUAUUCUGCAGGUGGCAUUCUUUUGAGUGCCAGUCGGCACUACAAGACAAAACCUACCCAUGGCAUUGGAAGAUACAGGCACCUGAUUAAAGCAGAGCCCAAGAAGAAAAGGGGAAAACUUGAAGUGAGACCCAUUAAUCUGGGGACAGAUUAUGAAUAUGGGGUUCUGAACAUUGACCUGACUGCAUACAACAUGACCCUGGCAGAGAGCUAUGCCCAGUAUGUUCACAACCUGUGCAACCAUCUCUCCUUUAAAGUCGAGGAAAGUUAUGCAAUGUCCACCAAAACCAUGGAGGUGAUGCAACUGCAGGACCAAGGCAGCAAAAUGUUCCUGGACUCCAUCCUUACCACCCAUGAGCGAGUGGUGCAGAUCAGCAGUUUGAAUGCUACAUUUGCAGAGAUUUUCUUGGAAAUAAUCCAAAGCAAUCUUCCUGAAGGAGUCAGUUUGUCAGUAAGAGAACACACUGAAGACUUCAAGGGAAGGUUCAAAGCUCAGCCAGAACUGGAAGAACUAUUGGCCAAGUUGAACUAG